AUGAGUUUAAACGGCACCAUCUCUCCUGUCCUGGGGAAUCUCUCCUCUCUUCGAUCCAUAGAUCUCUCCCAAAAUUACCUCACUGGUACCAUUCCACCUCAACUCGGCCAGCUCCCACAUCUACGGAUACUCAGGCUUCACAGAAAUCAAUUACAAGAAACCAUUCCGCCCACUCUCUCCGCUUGCCGCAAUUUGUAUUUUCUGGCACUCUCCUUUAACCAACUGCAUGGUAGCAUUCCGCCUGAGCUCGGUCUUCUGACAAGUUUGAGGUACCUCGCCUUGGGCGUCAACGCUCUCACGGGUACCAUUCCGCCCUCUCUCAAAAAUCUCUCCGCCUUAGUUGAGUUGAAUUUGAACGAAAAUGAGCUCAGCGGCACCAUUCCUCCUGAAUUGGGAAUGCUCACCAACGUAGAGUUCCUUGGUUUAUGGGGAAACCAGCUUAGUGGAAACAUACCAAACUCCUUGGGAAAUUGUUCCCGUCUAAAACAACUUUCUUUAAAUUCAAACCAACGGAGUGGAAUGGUUCCAAUGGAACUGGGUAAGUUGAACCUUCUUACGAAGCUUUACGUGCACAGCAAUCAACUUGUUAGUGACAGCAGUAACACAUUGGUCUUUCUCGCUACUCUCACAAAUUGCUCCCACUUGCAAAAAAUAGAAAUGGCAAACAAUACUUUCACUGGUGUAUUGCUCCCAUCCAUAGGCCAACUGUCUUCCAAUCUCUACGAAUUGAGUUUAGCAGACAACAUGAUAAGCGGAAGCAUACCACAACAGAUUGUCAAUCUGACAAACUUAACCUUCUUAGAUCUACACAAUAAUCAUUUGAGCGGCAAUAUUCCAUCUGGAAUUAAAAGAUUCCGCAAGUUAGAGAGAUUGUAUUUGGGUGGGAACAAAUUAGAAGGAAGCAUUCCAGGUGAGAUAGGUCAAAUGCAACAUCUCGGACUCUUAAGUCUUAGUCACAACCAGUUAUCUGGUAAAAUACCAGAUUCUCUUUGUAACUCCCAGCAGCUGAGACGUCUUUUCCUUCAGCACAACAAGUUAUCAGGGAAAAUCCCUGUUAGUUUGGAUGGAUGCCAGAAGUUGGAGCUCCUUGACUUAUCUCACAAUAAACUAGCGGGGAGAAUACCUGGUGAAGUCAUUGCCAAUUUGCCAGCCUUAAAAACCUGCAAUUCUACCUCAAUCUUUCAUGGAAUUCUCUGCAAGGGUCCAUCCCACACGAGAUGA